UUAUCAUUUGGGAUAUCUGGGGAUGUGGUUAUUUGGGAUAUCCGAAAUGAUAUCCAAAGUGAUCGAUCGUUUGGGAGAAUGGGAUCUGCAUGAUAUUAGAUUUAAUAUGAAAAGGGAAACAGAAAAGACUUUUAACUUUCGAGAAUAG